AUGAACCCUCCACGGCCGGUUCAGUUCGAAGACCUCGACGAUGAUAUCCUCAUUUACAUCACAAGUUUUGCGCUACACCCCAGCCUGACCCAAGUCAAACUCUUCAACCUAUCUCGCCGCCCCCGAAAUGUGUUCAAGCCAGCUCGCUUUUACCAUAUCCAAUGGGCUCCCCGUGAUACUGACUUUCCUCCUCAAGACCUGUUCCCUUACAUCCAUGCCCUCUCACUUGCCCCAGAUAUGUAUACUACCUAUAAAGCAUUCGAUCACGCGGAUAUCGUGGAUCAGCUUCGUCAAAACCUACCCUUUCUUCCCAACCUCGAGACCUUCUUCCUGAGCCCGCUUAUUGAAGGGGGGCUUUGGACGGAACUGGUAGAAGCUUUGGCCGCCGCGCCGAAGCUGAUUAAUCUUUGCAUCCACUCCCCCUGCGGCCCCGCCUCUGAAGCUUGUCAUCUAUCCCUUCCCCACCCAAAGCGAAACAGGCUGGGACGUUCACGCCUUCUAUCAAGCUGCCAUACGACCUUGGAGCACGUCGAGUUACCAGGCAAAUUAUUCUUUGGAUCGUUUGAUGUCACAGUCGACUCGACUGCCCUUCGUAACCUAGAGGUCACCGGAUUUUGGCCCGAUGUUAUUCACCCCGACGCGACUCGCAUGUCGCGGAAAAUGAGCCUGAAGGUCGUACGAUCUCCAAAGAUCAACUCAACGGAGGAUCUUGCUACAGAGGAGUUGAUGCUUGCGUCUAUUGCCCAGAAGCACUCUCUUUUGGAGCGCGUAACCGUCAAUCGGCUCUGGAAUCAUGAAGACGAGGUGCUAGAGAACCUGUGGGACCCAAUUCCGCGAUUCCGCUUAUUUCUGUCCAACUUGCACCAUCUCAAAGUAUUUGAUUUCAACCUCGAUGACCCCGAGCGAUACUUGGAGUUCCGAUUCACGGAACGAGGGGGACCUGGAUUCUGGGACUACGUCGAGCGUUUGGAGAAGCUUGCACUGGAUGUUAUUGGGUUGUGUCCUUCACCCAAAAUACAAGAGGUUGCAAUGUUUCACGACCUCAGUGGGGAUCCUUGGGAAAGAUGGGCGGUCCUCAGAUUUAGGGACGGUACACCCAAGCUUGACUCCAUCUUCAUGUAA